AUGACAACCCGACGAAUCAUCAGCACCGAGAAGAACUUUCUCGACCAGGACGACAAACCCGAAGAAAAGUCCAACAUUAGCCCUGCGGUCCCGAAGCAUGUCAUCUUCAAGCUUCUGGGUUUCACCUUGGCCAUGAUCAUCGUUCCCAUCGGCUCGUACUUUCUCACAGUCAACACAAUCUUCCAAGGCAACUCCUCAUACGCGGGAGGCAUGGCCGCGCUGCUGGCAAACGUCGUGCUGGUCGCCUACGUCAUCGUGGCCAUGAACGAGGAUGAAUCGGAAGGAAAGGAUGCGGCGAAGAAAGAGAGCAAGAAGGAGCGGUAG